GGGGAUUUGAGAGUUCUUGUGAUUAGCAAGAAUCUGUUAUAUAGUUGUGGAAAUUGCUGGGUAUAGGAAGAUUUUUUUAAUAUUCUUAUUGCAUAAUGAUUGAACCCUUUGAUAUUUCUUGGCAAAAAUAAUUGAUUAAAUGGAACUCAAAACUGCAAUCAAAUCUGAAGGGAGCUCCUUUUCAAGCAUGUCGGCAUAACUUCGUGUUUUGAUAUUAUUCCAUCCAGUACCUUUGUGUUUUGAAUUGAACCCUUAUUUAUUAUAAUAACAUGCUCCUAAUUUAUUUGUGGGUCCCAAAGGUUCGUUGGAAAAUUUGAAUUUUUAUUGUUGAAUGUAGCAACGAGGUAUUUUCCAGCUGAUGCUGCUGAGAUUGAGUAGCAGCAGAUGUAGCUUUGUUAAGUGUUUAUUGAUAUAUUAUUUCAGUUACCGCGACAAUGCUUUGAGAUCAUUAUGAUCUCCAUGAAACGAUGGAUAGAUUGUCAAUUUUUGUUAUUUUGUUGUCCUAUCUUUCUAAGUACACAAGAACUUUUUAGUGUUUAAACAUGAAGUGAUUUUUAUCUAUAUCCGAUACAUCAUACUCUUCCUUGAUGCUAGGAUAUUAGUGACAGAAAGCCUUAAGGUUCCAUGAAGAUUCUCUGAAGGACAAAAUAAAUCUCAGAUGGACACAUUUGUGUCGAGCAUAGUUUCUUGUCUGAGAAAAUGAUUGACUUACAAACAAGUGUGGUCCUAUUAUUAGAUAAUCUUGUAUGAUUUGACAGAUUCAGGGACCAAUGGGGUCAUGUUUAGUUGGAAAUGGCGAAAGGUAGCAGGGCGAAGCGUAGGUCUGGUUCUCGACAAUAUAGGCAGGCACCUUACUUGUCACCAGCUUAUAAUGAGGAUAUUUCCUCAGACUCGUGCCCAAAGAAAUGCUCCAAAAUUCUGGAUAAGAAAGACUGGGUAGACGUAACUUGUUCUGUUUGCAUGGAGUGCCCACACAAUGCUGUUCUUCUGCUCUGUUCCUCCCAUGAUAAAGGUUGCCGUCCCUACAUGUGUGGAACCAGCUUCCGCUAUUCCAACUGCCUUGACCAGUACAAGAACGCAUACACUAAAAUUAUCUCAUCCACUGGUACCGCUGAGAAUCCAAUCAUGGUCUCUGAUUCCAGCCAGCCUGUUGAGAAAUGUGAAGCCACAGAGCUUGCUUGCCCACUCUGUAGGGGCCAGGUGAAAGGGUGGACUGUGGUAGAAUCUGCAAGAGAGUAUCUAAAUGCCAAAAAGAGAAGCUGCAUGCAGGAUGACUGCUCAUUCAUUGGAACUUACAAGGAGUUAAGGAAGCACGUGAGGACAAAUCACCCCUCUGCACGACCACGUGCAGUUGAUCCCAUUCUUGAACAGAAAUGGCGAAGGCUUGAGCGGGAGCGUGAACAUGAUGAUGUAAUCAGCACAAUUCGGUCAACAAUGCCUGGCGCAAUGGUUUUUGGAGAUUAUGUAAUAGAAGGAAGUCAUUAUGGUUUUGAUACAGAUGAAGAUGGGGGUUUCGAUGCAGAUGCCACAGAGAGGAAUGAAGGUUUUGAGGUGGGCUUUGAUCGGAAUCUGGUGAAUGUCUUCCUGCUGUUGCAUGCGUUUGGGCCAACAGGGGAUGAUCACAGCAGACGGCUUAGGCAUCCUGAGAGGACUGACCGUCAAAUGACUGAUGAGAGUGCUGUCAGUUUUCAUCACACUUCUCCUGUUGAAGGGCUGGGUUUGUCCGACGAAGAUGAUGACAAUAACAUCAAUGAUGACAAUGGUGAUGAUAGUGGCAUGUCACUUGUUAGCCGCCUUCGUCGACAUGGCAGAAUGCUUUUGGGGCGUUCAGGUAGGAGACGUAGGCGUAGAGAAGGCAUUGGAGGUCAGAGAUGAUUUAAAAUGGGUCUGGAGGAAAACACGUCAUAGGUACAUAGUUUUAGGAAGGGGAAGGGGGGGGGGGGGAUUUGAGAGGAUAAAAGGAACAUAAAAGAAUUUGACUAAACAUUGCAUGCAUUUUUCUUUUUCAAUUCCCGGUUUGAGUAGAUUGGCUGGGAAAUACUGGUUGUGGAAAGAAUGUCCUUUUCUUUCCAUAUGUGUAAUCUUUUAGAUGCAAUUUCUUAAUUACCUUCAGUCCGCCUGCCUGGUAGACUGUGAAUAUUCUUCUGUGGAACUACAUGUACUGUCUUCUGUUCUAUAAUAACCUAUGUCAGCAUGUAUUGUCUUUAA